CAUGUGAAUAAUGGCGGUUGUGAUACCAAUGCAACGUGUUCUCAUUCAUUAUCCGAUUAUAGUGUCACGUGUACUUGUAAUACGGGAUUUACUGGCAAUGGAACAGUCGGUAACUGCCAAGACAGCUGUCAUGUGAAUAAUGGCGGUUGUGAUACCAAUGCAACGUGUUCUCAUUCAUUACCCGGUUAUAGUGUCACGUGUACCUGUAAUGCGGGAUUUACUGGCAAUGGAACGGUCGGAAACUGCCAAGGUAAAAUAGAUACGGAAAUAUUCUCAAGAAUUUAUAAUUCACAAGCGAUAUGAACACCACUUUUGGUCUUCGUUCUGGUAAACACUAUUUCUUUCUCCCAGAACUUAGAAUACAUGUGUUUAAUGAAAAUAUCGUGAAGGAUAAUGGUAGUUUCUGUAUGAAGAAUGUAAGUCGUUGUUAUCCUUUUUUCGCAGGACAAGAAAGGUAGUUUUGGAUUUGAAACGGUCGCUUUUGGCCGUCGAUGUGUUUCUCCUUUUCUCUACAGAUGAAAGUUGACAUGGGGUUCUGUUUUGGUUCUUUAGCAACAUGUCCCCUUGAGUUGCAAUUAGCUCUUUCACAAGUUUAUAAUAACAACGGCAUAGGUGAUACGAGUAUGCCAAGCUCGGCUAAUUUCGACGGCGGUUAUAGUUAUUCUGCUCAAGCACUCGCUGCCGUUAGCAUAACACCUGGAGCA